AGUGCGCAAAGACAGUAUGGAGCAUUGCGUACUGAUACAACAGGCUGUGUUAUUAAAACUUCUAGGAAUUUACUGGUGUUUAGACGCAAAUCAAGUUCGUUAAUUUACGUUAUGAAAAAGCUUAUUUUUAUUCGUUUUUUACGUGUUUCACUAUGUUCGAAGAACGAAGUUGUGAUGGAAUGAACCUUUCGUCCUUUGGCUGUGGGUUUUGUUUUUGCCACAACAACGCUUCUUAUGCUCUCAUUUCACUAUUUUGUUCAGACAGUCAAAGUAAAUUUGUGAAUAAUGAGAGCACAAAAAAUAAUAAAAUGAUUAUUGCCUCAAGUGAUGGAAGUCAGAAACCCCAAAUUGACUCGUGAAUACUGAAAGGUACAAGAUUAUACAACGUCAAGUUGUGACAUCAUACUGAAAUCAUCAAUAGGCUAUACAGAUCUGACAUCAUUUGCUGAGGAAUCGGCCUCAUGGUUUAUAGAAAUAGUUUCUGGAAAUCAUGGAUAAACGUCGCAUACUUUCAAAAAAGAAAGAUUCCGGUCUAGGGAAUGAAGGUAUUGCUGGCCGUUAUGUCAAGAGGGAUACACCACCAGUCUUGCGAAAUUAUCAUACUCCAGCACGUCCAGGCACCUCUUUUCCACGCUCUGGUCGAAGUGCAAGGACACCUGCAUCUUAUACACCACAGCAGCAGAUGUCAGCUGCUGUUCACCCUCCUACCCGUCUAGCCCACAGCCAUGUUUCUGGCAUGUUUGGGACACCAGCUGUAGUUUCCACUCCAGCCCCAGAACGCCAUGUUUAUCAGCAACAGUAUCAGCAGCAACAGCAGCUGCUCCAGCAGCAUCAACAGCAGCAGCAGCUGCAAUAUCACCACCCACAACAGCAGCAGCAACAGCUGCACCAGUAUCCCCAUCAGUAUUAUCAACAGCAGCAACAGCAGACUUCUCUGGCACACAUAACGCAAGGCUUGCAGAGUAUGCGCAUAACCUCAGUGCCUGCCACUCGUACAGAUGUGACCUCUGCUGUUCAUUUAUCACGAACUUAUGGGCUAGUGUACUCACAGCCUGUAUCAGGUGGUGUCAUGCGCUCUGUUGCUAACCAAGCAGGAUAUGCAUUGGGUUCAUCAGCACUUCCAUCAGCAGAGGAAAGCCAAGACAGUGGUCAGCAGUAUUAUAGGUAUGCUCCUAAAAGCAACACUGCCAGCAGCAACUCGAGUAAUACCAACCCCACUGUCAGUGCCAGUGACUACCACAGCCUUCAGCAGUUGGAGGAGAGUCUGCAGAUAGAACAAUAUCACCAAGAGAUCCGCAACCAUUAUGCCCAGCAGGCAGGCAAUGCAGGUGGCAAUAUUACACACAGUCAGAAUCUCACUUUGUUCAAUGGUGUAGCAGGAGAUGCAGAGGCCAAUUCUUUGACCACUGCCGGUGGUUACACAUCUGAUGAACUGCCCCUUCCACCCGGAUGGUCAGUUGAUUGGACAAUGGGUGGCCGCAAAUAUUACAUAGAUCACAACACACAGGCAACUCACUGGAGUCAUCCUUUUGAAAAGGAAAGUUUACCUUCAGGCUGGGAGCGAAUUGAGUCCAAGGAACAUGGUGUCUACUAUUAUAAUCAUGUUACAAGAACUGCUCAACUUCAUCAUCCGUGCAGUUACUUAAACAUACCAGCACAGUUAUACCUGGGGUAUUCUGAAGGGCAUGUGAAUGUUCCUCAUGCUUUAGAAUACCGUCAGCAGCGUCAAACAAAUGUCCUGGUACCUGCAAACCCAUAUCUUAAUACAGAAAUUCCAGAAUGGUUGGUUGUAUAUACAAAAGCUCCAGCAGAGCAUGACCAUAAAUUAAAGUGGGAAUUAUUUCGACUGAAUGAACUGGAAUACUUUGAUGCCCUGCUUCGGCGUCAGUACAAGCAAGACUUGGAGCAGAUAGUCAUGACUUAUGAAGUUUAUCGAAAUGCACUCAACAGAGAGCUUGAGCGACGACAGAAAGAAAAUCUGCAGCAACAACAGCAGCAGCAGCAACAAGGAGGUCAGGCCAUGCAGCUGAUGCCUAUGCAAACAUUACCACUGCAUUUUCUGCAACAUAAGCAGUUACAGCAGCAUCUGCAACAGCAGCACCAGCAGUUUCAUCAACAAUUUCAGCACCAGCAGCAGCAGCAGCAGCAGCAGCAGCAGCAGAUACAAUCCCAACAACAGCUCCAGCAGCAACAACAACAGCAAAGGCUGCUAACACAGAAUAUUGAAACCAAGGUUUGAAAAAGUCAUUGGUACACAGUUUCCUUUGCUUCUGAAUUGCUUCACAUCAAUUGGAUGGGUAUUUUUUAAAAGUGUUUUGAGAUUACUAGAUACGCCUGUCUAUGGAGCUAUCAGCUACAUUAGGAAUGAGUCCUUGUGUGAUGCAAUUAUGGUUUGUAUUGCUGUUUACAGACUCUAGUAGGAAGUUCUCAAAGUGACCUUAAACUGUUUGUACAGCAAAUGUUGACAAAACUAAGAUUUUUUGAAAGUUCGCUAGUUUCCAUUUUUCAUUCAUGUGUUCAUCCCUUGCUAGUAGUAAUAAUAAUAAUGUAAGCUUUUAUAGCGUGAUAUCCCAGCCAAAGCAAGGCUCUCCACGCAUUACAAACACGAAAACACAAUUAAGAAAAUUCCUGUGGCUCUUGCUAUAAAGUUUAUGGGAAUGCCACAUCAUUCUUUGGCCAGAUUAUAUUCAUAGACCACCACUUGUUCCACUUGAUGAAUGGUUAUCCUGGUACUGAUAGCUGGGGAAAAUAACUGGAUACAUGCAGUGGCUGACAAAGCUCACCACUUAAGCCUGUUUUGAGUGGCAGUGAGCAGAUGCUGCAUGGAAUGACCAGCCCAUUUCUUCACAUUAGCAAGCAAGUUCUUCCUCUGUCCACACUUAUGAAUGGUCGUGGGCAAAGGGUCAUGCUGGGUGACAUGGCCAGACCAGGUCGCUUUGACUGUUGAGAGAAGAGAUUUCUGGUGGGUGACAACUCUGUUUUGUUCAAAGUGAUUGAUUUUGCACUCCACGGAGGAUAUUUAGAGUAGCCUCCUAAGGCACUUGUUCUUGAAUGCCUGAACUUUCAUCUGUUUUGGAAAGCAUAGUUCAUGUCUCACAUAAAUACAGUAGGAACAUAACUGCAAGGGAUUGUACAGUCUAUGAUGAUGUUGCUGCACCAGCUGUCCAGGUUGGCCAUUGCUGUUGCGGUCCUGCUGUGGAUGUCUAAAGUGCAGUGGCCGUCUUUAUAAAUGGUUGUUCACCUCCUUAAGUUUCACUCCAUUUAUGUAGAUCUCUGUUGUUAGUGGUGUUAUGAUUAACACCACUCUUGUCAGUGCUAGUCUCUGUUCCUUCACACUGUGUUAGUCUGUUGGUAAGGUCUUACAUUCUCUUUAGGUUCCUGUUGUGACAAUGUAGUGCUUGCACAUGGGCCUCCCAUCUAUAGAAAGAGGUGCAAUGGUUAUGAAGGGUUUUUUGUAUGAUAUUUUCCCAAAUAUUUAACAGUAAAAGCGAUAGGGGACACCCACUGUUGCCUAAAAGAAGUCUCCCAGUUGAUUGUUGAGUAGAUAAUGAGUUCAUUGAGCUCUUAUAUAGCACUUUGAUGACUCAGCGAGGUCGUGUUCAAGUUUCACAUCACCUGCCACAGCUCCCUGUGCCAGACUUUCAAAUGCCUUUUAAACGAUAAUGAAGUUGGGGAAGAGAUCUCACAGUUGAAAGUCUGUUUAUUGUGUUUAUUUUCUGAAGCCAGACUAUUCUUCUGCUAGCAAUUCCUCAGAUAAUUAUGUAUUACUUUCAGCUUCAUUUUUCUUGGGUGGCAUUGCACAGUAGUUUUGACACUGCUUACUAUUUACUUUCUUUGAAAGAAGGGUAUAAAUAGUGAUUACGUCCAUUCUUUGGGCUAGUCUUUGUGUUCCCAGGUUCUUUGGCAAAGAACAGUAAGGGUUACCUCCCUUCAGACAGUUAAUGUAGCUCACUGGACCUCUUCCUGUAGGACUGGUAGAUCUGUAGGCACUGUGCAUUGGUGCAUCAGUAAUAACACCAAGAUGUCUGACUGUCUGGGAGAAUUGAGGGCUCAUAUAAGUGGUGAAAAUGAGCUACAUUUAUGUUCAGAGGCUGCUAGAAUUGCCUUGUUUUUGUCAUUCAUUCUGUGGACCUAAAGAGCUGGUUGCUUGAGAUUUGAGGCAGGGACAGAUGUUAGUAGCAAUGUGAUCAGUAGACAUGUACUUGGUUCCAGGCUGGCAAAUGAUAGGGGCCCAAAGGCUGGGCAUUGCGGCCCUAUGCUCCACUGGGGGCGAUAAGAACAAGAAAAAAGGCUGGGCAUGCAUGAUGAGCAGGACAUGCCCAAGAACAAAGCCUUGGGGCAAACUGUACUUCAUAGCAUCAGGUCUUGACAUAGUUUGACCAUCUCAUUUUCAGAUUCUGAUUUAGCUGCAAGGUCACUUACAUAUAAAUCAUAUAAACUGAGCAGUUUUAUUCCUUUCCACAGCUUAAUUGUUUUUUGGGAAAAUUUUGUGCUGCAAAACUUUGCAAGACAUUGCUUGUUGUACCAUGGUGUGAUAAUUAGACACCAGUGUCAACAAAGAUGAUUUGUGCAGGGUGUCGAUUUCUUUGUAGUCAUAAUAUAAAAUUGCUAGAAAGAGAGAAAUGAAUGUAAUCUAGGAUGCUGGAUGGUAAAUAACCCACCUCAUAACUCAUUGUAACCUUUUAGGAAAAUGACUGUUCUUAUAAAUCCUGUAGUAUGGAAACAUAAAUAUCUGCAGUUUGAGAAUAACUGCAUCAUACUUCUUUAGAAUUGUUGUACUCAGUGUUAGUGUACUAAUUUUAAUGUUGAUUUUAUUUUCACAAUAUCAUGAGAGAUUGUAGUAUCUUAUGUGUUUUUUGACUUAUUUGCAUUUAGCAAAUGCCAUCAAUUUGAAGGGAUUUUGCCUCUCUCACUUUAAGUUCAUUGUCAAAUUAAAGUAUUAUGAGAGUGUUGAAUAGAAUUGAAAAGAAAAGUAUUUCCCUAGAUUUUUAUAGAAUCCUAAUUUUUCAGCUAUUAUUAAAGUUACUAAAAAAAUUAUGUACUUUGCAGAUUCUAUAUGAAAAUAAAUUUUGGGGUUAUUUAGCUUGCCCAGCAUAUGUUGCAUUUUUUUUCUACAGGUGGGUUUCACCUGUACAAAAUGUAUAAAAAAUGUGAAAAUCAAAUAUGGUAAGAAUGAUUUUAAAACACUAAAAAUGAGUGUGGGUCACAUGGACAAAUGAAAUAAAAGCGUGUUGCAAAUUUUCCAAUAAACCAGCUCAAAGAUGUUUUAAUUUUCUCUUUUUCUCUUUGUAAAUAAUCAUUUUUGUUAGUAUAUUUAUUUGAUAAACAAUUCAAUAAAUUAGUUUUUAUUUAGCAAUACAUUUUAAAUAUGUCCUAUUGAUUGUGUUUGAAGCCCUAUACUGCUGGUGCUACUUUUCAUGUAAAGGUGCUAUUUUUUGUGUGGUUGAAAUUAGAUCCCUGCUGUAUACUAUAUUCGUCAUUGACUUUUUAUCAGAGCACCUGAUAUGUGCCUUAUUGACAAAAUAUGUUGAUGAAAAGUGAGUGUUCUUUGGUGUAUAUAGUAAAUUUUUUUUUAAAUCUCACAUUUGAAUCUUGCAAUGUACUGAAUACCCGUGAACAACUUUUGGAGAAUCAGGGUUUUAAUAUCUGAUUUUUUUUUUCAAACUCAUGCUCCACUGCUUUCUUAUUUGUGAGAUUUCAUAAGUAGCGUGCAUAAAUGUGCUUUGUUUCAAGACUACAGUUUUUUAAUUCCAGUUUCAAAUCUUGUUUCUUUCAAGGCAAAGUGAUGCUAAAAUGGCUUGUUUAUAAAUGAAGAAUACUUUGAGUUGCUCUGACUCUUUAAAGUAAGUGUAGCAUUCUCUUAUUCCAUAGUAUUUUAGAUAUGCCCUAACCAGUGGCUGGUUCCAUCUGCGCAUGGGCUGUUGUGAAUCAAGUUUGCAUUCCAUUGCACAUAACCUUAAUUUAUAGCUUCAGUCAUAUGCAUGCCAUUACCUGGGUAGAUGUACGUCUUAAGUAAACAGUGCCUUUCAAAAA